AUGAAGGUGGCCAAGCUGGCUAGAGCAGUGGCAGCGGCGGCCACGGCCACAACCACGGCCGCGCACCCCUCAGCGAAGCUCGUCGGCGGCGUCGACGCAGCGAUCGAGCAAUUCCCGUAUCAGAUAUCCCUCCAGUACUACUUCCCGUACCCGUCCUCGGAUGGGUUCUAUGGCUACCGCUUCCCCAGCCACGUGUGCGGCGGGGUGAUCAUCAGGCCGGACAGCGUGCUCACGGCGGCGCACUGCAUCAUCGACGACGACGACGACAAGUGGGACCGCGACAAUUUCUUGGUCCGCGCCGGCAGCAGCUCCUGGUCCUCGGGUGGGCAGCUCGUCAAGGUGGCCGGCAUCACGACGCACCCGUCCUACGACCCGAAAAAGAGGUUUGCCAACGACGUCGCCGUGCUCAGGCUCGCGCACAACCUGACGCUCGGUGCGACCGUCGCCGUCGCGGACCUGCCCGGACCGCGGGACGAGGCGCCCAGCGCCGGCGCCGACGUCGUCGUUGCUGGAUGGGGCCACGCGUACUCCAUGUCAAUGAAAAGCACGACCCGUCUGCGGUCCCUGGCGUCAAGGGUCGUGAGUUGGAAGGAGUGCGCCAUCAGAUAUGCGCGGUCCGGGGGCAUAGGGCGCGACAACCUUUGCGCCGGGGACAUGGAGGGGCUGAAGAAUGCGAGGCAGGGCGACAGCGGCGGCGGCUUGUAUCACGUCGCGCGCAAGAAGGUGGUUGGCAUUGUGUCGUAUGGGACGCUGGUCCCGCGCAGGGGGUAUCCCACUGUUUUCACGGACGUUUCUCGCCUUGGCGGAUGGAUCAAAAAGGUUUCUGGCGCGUAG